UCUACUGUUUGCAGCUUCCUGGCUUCUUUGGUCGCGGUGUUCGGCGAAUACGACAUUUCGGGGGAGCUGGAGUCGAAGCGCAGCGUAACGAAAAACGUACGCCGCGUCAUCGUGAACCGCGGUUACGAUCCGGCGACAUUUGAGAACGACCUGGCGCUUCUGGAGCUCGAGUCGCCGGUGCAGUUCGACGAGCACAUCGUGCCGAUUUGCAUGCCGGAGGAAGGCAUCGACUUCACCGGCCGAAUGGCGACAGUCACGGGCUGGGGCCGACUUAAAUACAAUGGUGGCGUGCCGUCGGUGCUGCAGGAGGUCCAAGUGCCCAUAAUAAAGAACUCGGUUUGCCAGGAGAUGUUCCAAACCGCCGAUCACGCGAAAUUGAUUUUGGAUAGCUUCCUCUGCGCUGGAUACGCUAAUGGCCAGAAGGAUUCUUGUGAG